AACCUUGAGGCAGCCCGAGGCUUCCCAGUCCAGCUCAGUUCAGGCUGAAUAUCCGGCGCGCGCGCGCGCAGACUCCGGGACAUAAACACACAAAACACACUGAAGCCACCUCUGGCGUCGCCGCCCGGGCGAGCCCCCGCUUCAGGGACUGGUGUGGCGCCCGCUGGCCCUGCGCUGCCCGCCGGAGGAGCCCCGCGAGCUGCCCAGGGGCCCCGGGUGCGCCCUGAGCGCGUGCCGCGGCCACUCGGAGCGGGCGGCGAGCUCCGCGGACACGCAGGCGGUCGGAGCUGCCUCUCAGCCUCUGCCUCCCUCUCCCGCGGCUCGCGGCUUUUUGUUUAAAGCACUCCCCACCCCGCACCCCCGGCUUUCCUCCCGGCGUCUUCAUUGGCAGCGUCCAGAAAGAGUUGAUUGCUACUGAGAUCCGCCGGGAGCCGAGGGGCUGGGGAAGAGCGGAGGUGAGGAAAUCCAAGCGCUGGAAGAUUUUUUUUCUUCAAAAAGCCAUCCCCACCCAGUCAUCGGCUAGUCCUAUCUACCAAAAUCGUCACCAGGACAAUGGAUUGAGUUACUCUUCCCUGGGCCAGAAGAAAGGUUCAGACUUGGGGCAAAAUGAAGGAAAAGGCCAUGAUCAAGACCGCUAAGAUGCAGGGCAACGUGAUGGAGCUGGUGGGAAGUAACCCCCCACAACGAAACUGGAAAGGGAUCGCGAUCGCGCUGCUGGUGAUUCUGGUCAUAUGCUCCCUAAUUGUCACCUCGGUCAUUCUGCUGACACCAGUGGAAGAUAAUAGUCUGUCUCAAAAGAAGAAGGUCACUGUGGAAGAUCUCUUCAGUGAAGAUUUCAAGAUUCAUGACCCUGAGGCUAAGUGGAUAAGCGAUACGGAACUCAUCUACAGAGAACAGAAAGGAUCGGUGAUUCUGCGGAAUGUUGAAACAAAUAUUUCUACUGUGUUAAUAGAAGGCAAAAAAAUUGAAUCGUUAAGAGCCGUCAAAUAUGAAAUCUCUCCAGAUAGAGAAUAUGCACUUUUUUCAUACAAUGUGGAACCAAUAUAUCAACAUUCCUAUACCGGAUAUUAUGUCCUGAGCAAAAUUCCUCACGGGGAUCCUCAAAGUCUGGACCCCCCAGAAGUCAGCAAUGCAAAGCUCCAGUACGCAGGAUGGGGGCCCAAAGGCCAACAGCUGAUAUUUAUCUUUGAAAACAACAUCUACUACUGCGCCCACGUGGGGAAGCAGGCCAUCCGCGUGGUGUCCACGGGGAAGGAAGGCGUGGUCUACAACGGCCUCAGCGACUGGCUGUAUGAAGAGGAGAUUUUGAAGACCCACAUUGCACAUUGGUGGUCUCCGGACGGCACCCGGCUGGCCUAUGCCACCAUCAAUGAUUCUCGCGUCCCUCUCAUGGAGCUGCCGACUUACACAGGCUCCGUCUACCCCACGGUGAAGCCCUACCACUACCCCAAGGCUGGAUGUGAAAACCCCAGUAUCUCCCUACAUGUUAUCGGCUUAAAUGGACCCACCCACGAGCUGGAGAUGAUGCCACCCGAUGACCCGAGAAUGAGGGAGUACUACAUCACCAUGGUGAAGUGGGCCACCAGCACCAAGGUCGCCGUGACCUGGCUGAACAGGGCACAGAACGUGUCCAUCCUCACCCUCUGCGAUGCCACCACGGGGGUCUGCACAAAGAAACACGAGGAUGAGAGUGAGGCCUGGCUCCACAGACAGAAUGAAGAGCCAGUGUUCUCCAAGGAUGGCCGAAAGUUUUUCUUUGUCAGAGCCAUCCCCCAGGGCGGACGAGGGAAAUUCUAUCACAUCACCGUAUCCUCGUCCCAGCCCAACAGCAGCAACGACAACAUCCAGUCCAUUACCUCCGGGGACUGGGACGUCACCAAGAUCCUGUCCUAUGAUGAGAAGCGGAAUAAGAUCUACUUCCUGAGCACGGAGGACCUGCCCCGCCGCCGGCAGCUGUACAGCGCCAACACGGUGGGCAACUUCAACAGGCAGUGCCUGUCCUGCGACCUGCUGGAGAACUGCACCUACUUCAGCGCCUCCUUCAGCCACAGCGCCGACUUCUUCCUGCUCAAGUGCGAAGGUCCUGGCGUCCCACAGGUGACGGUGCACGGCACAGCAGAUAAGAGAAAAAUUUUUGACCUAGAAACAAAUGAACAUGUGCAGAAGGCCAUAAAUGACCGGCAGAUGCCUACGAUAGAAUACGGGAAGAUCGAGAUUGAUGAUUACAACCUGCCCAUGCAGAUCCUGAAGCCAGCGACCUUCACCGACACGGCCCACUACCCUCUGCUCCUGGUGGUGGACGGUACCCCAGGGAGCCAGAGCGUGGCUGAGAGGUUCGAGGUGAGCUGGGAGACGGUGAUGGUGAGCAGCCACGGCGCCGUGGUGGUCAGGUGUGACGGCCGGGGCAGCGGCUUCCAGGGAACCAAGCUCCUGCACGAAGUGAGGCGGCGGCUGGGCUCGCUGGAGGAGAAGGACCAGACGGAGGCUGUGCGGAUGAUGCUGAAGGAGCAGUACAUUGACAGGACCCGGGUGGCUGUCUUCGGGAAGGAUUACGGCGGCUACCUGAGCACCUGCAUUCUGCCGGCCAAGACGGAGAACCAGGGGCCAAUCUUCACCUGUGGCGCUGCCCUCUCCCCAAUAACAGACUUCAAGCUGUAUGCAUCCGCGUUUUCCGAGAGGUACCUGGGCCUCCAUGGGCUGGACAACAGGGCGUAUGAGAUGACCAAGGUAGCCCAUCGGAUCUCCGCAUUAGAGGAACAGAAAUUUCUGAUCAUUCAUGCCACGGCUGACGAAAAAAUCCACUUUCAGCACACAGCAGAACUCAUCACACAGCUCAUUAGAGGGAAGUCCAAUUACAGCCUACAGAUAUACCCGGAUGAGGGCCAUCACCUCCACAGCACCGCCCUGCAGCAGCACCUGCACCGUGCCGUCAUCAGCUUCCUCGUGGAGUGCUUCAGGGUUCAGGACAAAGUGCCGACAGUCGCCACAAAAGAGGACGAGGAGGAUGACUAACGGCCUGCCACGUGGUCUCUCUGCCGUGCCAUGCAGCUGAGGGCUGGGGCGGGGCCGCCGUCCACAGCAUGUGUGUGUCGGACACUGACGGCAGCUCUGCUUGGGAAACAGGCCCCUUCCCUGGUGGCCAUCACCCUCUCCAGCCUCUACCACGUGGAGACACCUCUGCAGCGGUGGCACCUCCUCCUGGCCCUGAGUGACCGGCGCAUCCCACAGCCCCUUCCCAAGGAACACAGCCACGGACGCUGGUGGGAGGCUGCUCUGACCCCCAGAUUCGAGCUCUCAGCAGUAGCAUCAAGACCCACCCUCUGCGUUAGAGUCCUGUGUCCACGUCUGCAGCGUCCCAUGCCGUCCAGUAGAGCAGUGCCCUGGACCAAACAGUAGGAGGAUGAUAGCACAAGCAUUUAGCAGCGCGUGACAGGUAUCGGCUCUCUCCUUCCUGUCAUUAGGAGAUUCAGUAUUGGAAGGGGCUACUUCCGAGGACAGACCCUCCUCUGUACAAAGUAUCACUGUAGCUAUGCCAAUGGUUAACCGUAUAGAACCCAUUCGUAUUUUUCUAUGGUUUUAACCUGACACUCCUUGUCUCUGGUCAUGGGGUUGCUCUGCUGCGCUUUGUUUCCUUUUCUUUUUGGUUUCGCUGUCCUUUCUUCCGUCAAUGUAUAGACUACACUGUUUGGAUAAAGAGACAGACAGAUCAGAAGGAGCGGCUCCCCCUCGAGGCUGACUUCAGGCUUGUGGAGACUUUGCUAAGCAGGGAGACCUCUGGGAGUGUCCCCUUAAGAGAAGAUAUGAGCAAAGCUCUUCCCACUGAGCUGCAUUAGAGCCUGGCUGCAGGUCCACACUGUCCAUUUACAUAUGUCCUGAAAACGGUCCUUGUCCACCUUGGUAAGGUAUUAAUUCUUUCCCUAGGGCAUUUGGUUGAAAACAUAAGGAAAAGUGCUGACCACCUCGGGGCCUGUUGUGUGUGCUCGGGUCUUGGGAACCCGGCAGGUCAGCAUGGGGUGUGCCAGCUUGCUCUCCUGUCUCGGGGCUGGCUCUGUCCCCCUGCUGCCAGCAGUGAGGGUGACAGGCUACGUUAGCUGGGCAGGACACACUCUGACUGCACCUGCAGCCAUGUACAUUUCAUGCCUUUGUAUAUAGAGAAAGGGGUGUGUGUCAGCCCCCCGCCCACCAGACUGGCCUGUGUGGAGCUUGCAUGCGGACACCAUGGCUGGUCUGGACUCUCCAGAAGUGCUAGUUUGAAAUAUAUGGAUUACCGUCA